CUAAAGAAGAAGAAAAUUAGCAAAGUGUCUAAAUCAAACCCUAAUUUUUCUCGCCGGCAGCAGCAGCAGCAGCCACCGCAAUUGUUCAUGGCUAAGAAACAACUCGUCGAAUUCCUCCAAGCUCACCUCUCUCUCUAUCACUCCCAUUCGCUCCCCCUGAAUUCCAACCCUAACCCUAGGUCCUCCAUCCUCAGAUGGUUCUCCUCUCUUACCCUCCAUCAACGCCAAGCUUACCUCACCGUCGUCGAUUUCAGUUUUGUUCAGCUCAUCAUUCGGAUGCUUGGGAAGCUACGGAGGCGUGGCCAUGGUUCCUUCAUAAUCCUCGCCGACAUCUUGUCAGGUUUGCCUGGCCUCCCCGAGUUUUGCUACAGGCAGUCGCGUGGCCUCCUGGCUAGGGUUGCAUCGUCUAACGAAUCGGAAAGGCGGAUAUUUGAGUCUAUUCGGUUGUUCGGGUCCAGCGAAAGUGAGAAAAUUGAAGAGUGCUCGUGUUCGGUAAGUAGUCUGGAUUCUAUGACGGUGACGGAGGAUUUUGUAGAAGAUGUGGAUCGGUUUGUUGGAAUGAUGGAUAAAGUAUCCAAUGGGGCGUUUUUGAGGGGUGAAGAGAGUGAGUUGGGAUCGGAUUGGGUUGAAUUGAAGUGGUUAAAAGCAAAAGGUUAUUACACCAUCGAGGAAUUUGUUGCGAGUAGAUUAGAGGUGGCUUUGAGGUUGGCUUGGCUUAAUAGUAACAAUGGGAAGAAAAGAGGGGUGAAGCUGAAAGAGAAGUUAAUUGCUGCUGGAUUGGCUGCAAAUGUGUAUUGGAGAAAGAAAGGGUGUGUUGAUUGGUGGGCAAAUUUGGAUUCUACAACCAGGAGAAAGGUAUUGACGGCAGCUUUGGGAAAAGCAGCAAAAGCCUUGACUCAUGAGAUUGUGAAUAUGGUGAAUGGUGUCUCAGAGGAUGAGAUGUGGCUCUUCAAUGCAGGCGUAAUGGAACAACCAAUCAGAUACAACUAUACUGAUUUGUCUUGGGAGACUGCUCCCAAACUCCUACCUGAUGCAGACUUUGGUGUGGCUAUCAAGUCAGAUACCGUCUAUGGAAAAGGGACUUCCUUGGGUGGAAUAUUCCACCAUUUACUUGUGCUUCAGGAUAUUAUGAGCGUGAUAUUGUCAUGUCAACAUAGUGAAUAUGAUAUAGGAAAGGUACAUUUUAGCACAUUGGGUUCUAUAAGUACCAUUUCUGAUGGCUUGUUUAGAAAACUGCGGGGAUUUCUUAUGGUCAUCUCACUUGACUGCACAAAACUUGAACUUCUUGGAGAUGAAAGUCUUAGGUCUUCACCAAAUAAAUCCAAGGAAAAGGUUGGAGCAAGUAACCGCAAGAAAAAAGGAAGGUCUAAAAAUCUAAAAAGACAAAAUCCUGCACCCAGGUCAGGGGUGGAUGAGAUUAAAUUAGAGAAGCCUCUUAAGGAUCUUGGAUAUGCAUCAGCCCCAUCUGAUAACCUAGAUUUGGUGAAGUCUGACAAAAUGCCUUGUAUGGCUCAUGGAAAGGAAAUACAUAGAGAGGAGCAGACCCAUGGAUCGAGUGUUGGAAAAGGACAGGCUGCUGCAGGGAAGAGUAAGAAAGGAAAAAACAGAAACAAGAAGUCCCGUUUUAGCAGUCCAGAUGAACUGAAGAAUUCAGAAAAACCUGUCUUGGAGGCUUCUUCCAGUGCCACUUUUCAAGAUGAGGCAGCAAACUUUCUUUCGGUUUCUGCUAAUUUAACUAAGGGGAGUGUGUCAAAUGAUAACUUAAGCUGCAGCGACCUAUUUCCAAAUUCAAGUACCAAUACAUGUGAUAAUCAGCUCAGUAGUGAAGAUAUUGCUUUAUGUGUAAAAGAUCAUGUGGUUAGUUCUGCUGAAGCUGAAGGUUCCAGUCACAUAAAUCUAGGAAGUUAUAGUCACUCAAAAGAUGAAACUAAGAGUCAAAGCAUACCUUCUCGACGGGAAGAUAUAAAUCAUAUGGUAGAUUCAAGUACAAUGCCUCUUGUGCCGAUGACAGAGCUUGAUUGUGUUUCAAGCAAUGAAGCCAUUUACACGCAGCACUCUUUCAGUAGAAGUCAACUUGAGGCAAAGACAACUUUUUCUAACAUUCUGGACAGAGAUCUUGAGAAUAAGGAGGAAGUUGCUGUGGUUCAGGGGCAACAUGCACAAACUUUUUAUGAUACUGCAUCUCCAAGCUCUUCACAAUGCCUUUCAUAUGAGUGGCCCACUUUAGCUCCUGUUUAUUUUCCAACUAUAAAUUCACAUGUCCCAGCUACCACUGAUAGAUUGCAUCUAGAUGUCGGUCAUAAUUGGCAAAAUCACAUACGUCAACCAUUUGUACGAACAGUGCAUCAGACAAGAAAUCCUCCAAUUGAAGGUGCAUGCAGCCAAAUUUUGCCUCGCCCAUUGCCAAUGAGUUUAGAUUGGCCUCCAAUGGUUCGAAGUGCUUCAAGAUUGGCACCAUCAAUCACCUAUAAUUAUGAUCUGGGUUUUGCCUCGAGGAGACAGUCUGCUUUUCAGCAGAGCUUUCCUUCUCAAAAUUUUCAGUUUAACAUAAAGAACACUAAUGAUGAGAGAAAGUGUUCUGGGGAUUUCAUUGACUUGCCUGAACCAGAAUUAGCAGAUGAAUGUGAUAGCCACUGGAUGUCGGAGGAAGAAUUUGAGGUGCAUAGAGUUUCUGGUAUAGAUUAUAAUCAGUACUUUGGUGGUGGUGUAAUGUAUUGGAAUCCUUCUGAUCAAACUGGGACUGGUUUUUCCAGAGCCCCUUCCCUUAGUUCUGAUGAUAGCUCUUGGGCCUGGCAUGAAGCAGACAUGAGUAGGACAGUUGAUGACAUGGUUGCUUUCUCGUCUUCUUAUAGUACAAAUGGUUUGGCAUCUCCACCUGCUGCUCCAUUUUGUUCACCUUUUGAUCCUUUGGGCCCUGGUCACCAGGCAAUUGGUUAUGUAGUGCCAGGGAAUGAGGUGUCUGGCAAGGUACUGCACUCUCCAUCUUCAACAACUGAAGUUGUGCCAGAGGAGGAAGUCUCUGGAUCUAUGGCCAACUUAUCUAGUGAUGUUGAAGGGAAAACUGGAGAUUCACUACCUUACCCCAUUUUGCGCCCCAUCAUCAUUCCAAACAUGUCAAGGGAUAGAAGACAUGAAUUUAAGCGCGGUCAUGAGCAUAAAAGCCCAUGUGUUCCUCCUAGUAGGCGGGAGCAGACUCGAAUUAAAAGGCCACCAUCACCUGUGGUACUUUGUGUUCCACGAGCUCCACGUCCUCCACCACCCUCUCCUGUUAGUGACUCUAGGAAACACCGGGGUUUUCCAACUGUUAGGUCUGGUAGUUCUAGCCCAAGACAUUGGGGUAUGAGAGGUCUGUGCUAUGAUGGAACUAACCUGGAUGAUGCUGGUAUCCGUGUUGAUGGUACUGAAGUUGUUUGGCCUUCUUGGAGAAGUAAGAAUCUUUCAGUUCAUCCAAUGAUUCAGCCUCUCCCGGGUGCUUUGCUUCAAGAUCGUCUGAUUGCAAUAUCCCAGCUAGCUCGUGAUCAGGAACAUCCAGAUGUGUCGUUUCCUCUGCAACCACCUGAGUUACAGAACUGCCCUGCACGAAAGGCAUCUCUCUCUUUAAUACACAGUCUCCUUAAUGAUGAAAUUGAUUCUUUCUACAAGCAGGUUGCUGCAGAGAACGUGGCUCGUAAGCCAUAUAUUAAUUGGGCCGUCAAGCGGGUUACAAGGUCUCUCCAAGUCCUAUGGCCAAGGUCUAGGACAAAUGUUUAUGGUUCAAAUGCAACUGGUUUGUCCCUUCCUACAAGUGAUGUGGACCUUGUGGUGUGUCUCCCUCCAGUAAGGAAUUUGGAACCUAUCAAAGAAGCUGGGAUUUUGGAGGGACGCAAUGGCAUUAAAGAAACUUGCCUUCAGCAUGCUGCCCGGUAUCUUGCCAAUCAGGAGUGGGUAAAGAGUGAUUCUCUAAAAACUGUGGAAAAUACAGCUAUUCCUGUUAUUAAGCUUGUGGUAGAGGUUCCAAGUGACCUGAUUACUUCUGCUGCCCAUAAUGUGCAAUCACCCCAAGACGAGCAGAUACAUGCAAAUGGUGAACAUCAUGGCAACAAUGUUCACUCUGAUGCAAUUGGUGUAGAAGACUCUGCUUCACCAAGGUGCCUUACAAUAAAUUCUGAUAAUAUGAAGGAUGUCAAAUCAGUACAUCUUGACAUAAGUUUCAAGUCUCCAUCACAUAUGGGGUUCGAAACUACAGAACUGGUGAAAGAGCUGAUUGAACAAUUUCCUGCUACCACACCACUUGCUCUAGUACUAAAACAGUUCUUGGCAGAUCGUAGUCUUGAUCAGUCCUAUUCUGGUGGCUUAAGUUCUUAUGGCUUGAUGCUACUGAUUACACGAUUUCUGCAGCAUGAGCAUCAUCUAGGACGACCUAUCAACCAAGUUUGUUCAUUCAUCCUUUUUUGCGUUUUUUAAUGUUUUGCCUUUUCCUGGUGAUGAAUUUUGCAUAAUCCUAUAUAUUUUGCAUGUAUGUAGGCCUCCUUUUUCUUUUGGGACUGCCAUGUUUAUUAAAUUUCCCCUUCAUACUAAGAGAAAUUUCACUUUGUAGUGGUUUUCUAUAGGAUGAAAAAAAAUCUUGAUAUAUUAAAAAUCAUCUUGACCU